UUCUGUUUUCUCCCCACCUCUCCUUUUCUGUUUUACAAAUCACAUAAAUUGAUGGUUAUUCAAAGUAAAAGUUGUAGCGCUUAUAUUUCGGUUAUGAAUGAAAAUAAAAUAGAAACAGUAAAAAAUAUGAAAUUACUGCUGGGUGUUACUGGAAGUGUUGCAGCGAUUAAAAUACCCAAUUUGAUAGAAAAACUUCAACAGUUGGGUUUUGAAAUACGUCUAGUUGUUACAAAGAAUGCGUUGAAUUUUAUAUCCGUGAACAGUUUAUCAAUCCCCGUGUAUACUGAUGACGAUGAAUGGUCCAGUUGGAAGGAAAAUGGUGAUUCUGUUUUACAUAUUCAGUUAAGAAAUUGGGCAGAUGUUCUACUCAUCGCUCCAAUGAGUGCUAAUAGUCUAGCUAAAAUGUCCUGUGGAAUAGCCGACAAUCUACUGACAACAAUCGUACGUGCAUGGUGGUGGUGGUCCCCGCCUUCAACCAGUGACAAUGAUGACAACAAUAGCGGUGUAUCAAUAGGGCAUUUGAAACCAGUAUAUUUUGCUCCAGCAAUGAAUACUGCAAUGUGGCAUCAUCCAUUCACUAGUGAACAUAUUGAAAGGCUCACGGAAAAGCUUCAUUGGAAGUGUAUCCAGCCAAUUAAGAAAAAAUUAUUUUGUGGAGAUAUUGGUAUUGGAGCUAUGGCAGAAGUUGAAGAGAUUGUGAAUUGUGUAAAGCCUGUACUUGAAAAGUAAAUACACCUGUAUGUAUUAUUUUCAUAAAUUAUUAUUCUCCA